AUGAUCCAAAUUCCCGAAGUCAAAAAGGCAUUGACAAGCCUUCCUGCUCAGCCUGCUGAUCUGCUCAUAAAAAAGACCCCUGUCACUCGAGUCUACUAUAGGAGGAAAUUCAAGGAUAAGACCAAGGAAUUUGAGAGGGAGACUAUGGUACUGGAACCUUCUCUAGAGCAAGAUGGUUCCAUCUAUGCACCAGAUCACACUGUUGAUAAUGAUAGUAAAAACAAAGGCAAGCGAAAGGUGAUAAGGAAAACGAAGUGCAGCACCCCUACUUCCACUCAAAUGCUUAGAAGAAGCCCAAGAUUUACUGCCAAGCUUGAUGGAUACAAGCCUGUCAUGACUGCCUCAAAAAAUAAGGAAGUCGGUAGAAAAAAAACCGAGAACAAGGUUAAACCACAAGCUGAUCUUCUGGAUACCAUUCUUCUCCCUCCCACUUCCCAAGCCAUUGAAUUUCCUGGGCUCUCUACUGUUGAGGAGUUCAUGGAUCUUGUGAAAUCUGUUUGGACCUCUAAUGUCGAGCUUCAAGCAGUGCCACAAGAAUUAGCUCAAAGUUCAAGCUUCUUAGAGCUGCCCUAA